AUGGAGAAAAAUGCAAAGUCCCUGACAAUGGAAGGCUGUACAGCCUUUCUUCCGGAUGAUGAUAUCAUGGUUAACAUUCUCAAAAGACUUCCAGUGGAAUCCAUAAUCCGUUUUCAAUGUGUAUGUAGACAUUGGAAAAAUCUUUUCAAGAUGCCGUCUUUUAUAGCAGACCAUUUCCACCACUCCAGUCAUCAGAAACCUUUACUUCUCAUCCGAUGGCAUUUUCAAAGAUACAACGAUUUCUCUUUGUUGAUGCUGGAUCUUGACAUGCAAGAACUUAUGGUGCAUGAAACCCAAUUUCAGAAUGGACCUUUGAUCGAUUCCUUCUGGCGGGCUCACAUUGUUGGGUCCAGCAAUGGCUUACUCUGUCUCAAGGCUUCAAAUUUCAUUUUAUUUUGGAAGCCAGCAACUAGAGAGAUUAGCCAGGUGCCCGCACCUAUUAAUAACUUCAAAGGUAUACACUAUCUAGGAUUUGGGUUCAGUUCAGUUGUUAAUGACUACAAGGUUGUGAUAAUUUAUGUGAUUAAGGAGGAUGAGGAAGUAGAAUUUGGAGACUUGAAAGGUUUAUGUAUUAGUUCUCGAAGUGUUACUGUUGAUGGAGCUAUGUUUUGGUUGAUGCCAGUGCCUGAUGCAAUGGAUAUGAAUUAUGGUGAAAUAAAAAGGCUUACUGUGUAUGACAAUAAUCUUGCCAUGCUUUGUAGCAAAUGGAUUCGAGAAAAUGAAGAUGAGUUGUGGGUAAUGGAGGAGGCUACAGGCACGUCAGGGGAGAGAUGGAGCUGGACUCACACAUACAGCAGCCCCUUUAGAGGCUUAGUAAGAUUAGAUCCAGUGGCAAUUUGGAGGAAUGAAAUUGUCUGCGAAGCUAGAUGA